UAAACAUGACAUGACAGUAGAUGCAAGAAGGCGUGUUAGUCAUUUUAAGUCUCUAAAUCUGCAAAAGAUAUGCGCAAUGUGGCACGUAUAUUUAAUUUCCUGUGGUUUACACGUCGGAGUGCGCACGACUCCUUCAGUUGAUUCGCGCACCUCGGCAAGGUGGGAGGGAGUUAUUUUGGUUUCGCUUUUACAGUACUUGGACAACCUAUACAGGAUAUGCUCAUCAGAUCACGCAGGCUGCAGUCCGUUCUUAAGAUAUAUUAAAAGUCAUGUCUGGAAAUAUCACUCAAGGAGUCGACUUGACGCACGGAGCAAAUACUUCCGCGUGUGAAAUCAACUUGAAAUUUACGCACGCAUUUCUGCCACCUGUCUUUGUCGUCGUUUUCGUGGUCGGGACACUUUCCAACGCGUGGGGGUUAAGAAGCGUGUGCAGCGGUUGGAAGAGCAUAGGAAACAUCAACAUCUUCAUGCUUAAUCUGGGACUGGCGGACCUGCAGUAUCUGCUCACGCUCCCCUUCCUUGUGGCGUACUACGCGCAGGACAGCUCCUGGCAGUUCGGCCAACCUUUCUGCAAGUUUACCCGCUUCUGCUUCAACCUCAACCUGUACGGCAGCAUCGGCUUCCUCACUUGCAUUAGCAUCUACAGGUACCUGGGAAUCGUGCACCCCAUGAGAGUGAUGGGCAAGAUCAGCAACCAUCAUUCUCUUGUCAUCAGCGCCCUGGUUUGGUUUUUGGUUGUUGCUCAGAUCCUCCCGGACGUGUUCUUUGUCAAGAAUGAUGCAAAGAAACUUAACGCCUGUUAUGACACCACCUCCAAUGACUGGAUCAGAGAAUAUCUGCCCUACAGCAUUGGAUGGACGGUUACAGGGUUUGCCAUCCCAUUACUUGUCAUCAUGCUGUGCUAUGGCCACGUGGUUUGGGUCCUUGCCAAAAAGUCCAACAUUAACCCCCUGCUAAAGCAGCGCUGUUUGAAACUUGUGAUCAUUUUGCUCUUACUGUUUUCCAUCUGUUUCAUCCCUUACCACGUGCUCCGAAAUAUGAAUCUCCUAACCAGGAUUUUGAAACAACAAGGCAUCUGCCACGAGAGCUUCCGCAACGUAUAUAUUGCACACCAGGUCAGCAGAUGUCUAGCGUGUUUAAACAGCGCUAUAAACCCUCUGAUAUAUAUUGUUGGAAAUGACGAUUUCCUGAUGAAGCUUCAUCGUCUAAGCGAGCGGACCAGGAUGUCGUUGGCCAACUUAACACACACGAUUAUUUACCGCAAACCGCUGGAAGUGGAGCCCGAUUCAGCCUCAGUGACAUUUUCAUGAAAAGUUAGCUUUCAAACUUGCCUGGAUCCUUAUCACCACAACACGGACUUAAAGUAAUUAUUAUUGACACAUUCUGGAAUGACUAUCCACGUGUGCAAAAUCUGUCUGAUGUCAACGUGUCUAUGCGUAUCCUCAAAAAU